AUGAAAACUAAUCUUAUUCUCUUUUUUUUAUUUGUAAGUAGUUAUGCUCAAUUCAAAGUUUAUAUAUUUAAUGUUGGACAAGCUGAUUCUCAAUUAAUUGUAUAUCCAUCAGGGUAUUCUAUACUUGUUGAUCUUGGAGAAGAAAGAAAUGAUCCAAAUCCAACAAAUGCUAUUCGACUAGAAAAAAAAAUUGAAGAAAUUCUUGGAAAAAAAUAUAUUGAUGUAGUUGUUUUAACACAUAUUCAUUUAGAUCAUUUUGGAUAUUAUGGAAUAUCUGGAUUAUGGCAUUUAUUUGAAGUUGGUAAUUUUACUGCUGGGAAAUUUAUUGAAAGAAAUGUUGGAAAUUAUACUGGAGAAAAUAGAAAGAAAUGUAAUAAUGAAACAUAUGAAUUUUAUGCAGCAGGAGAAUUUGAAAAAUAUUCUAUUGAAUGGGUAUGUUAUGCAGAUAGUAUUAAAGAUCAAACUAAAGUAUCUAAGAUUAGAGAAAUUGCUAAUAUUUGUUCUAUUACUCAAAUUAAUCCACCAGAUAAUGAUAGUGAAGUUGAAAUUUUUACUAGUAAUGGAUAUGGUGCAGUAAGAUGGGAUGGAUCUCCUGUUGAAUCAAAUUAUUAUAACCAACCAAUGAUGCCAAGUGAAAAUGAUUAUUCUAUUGGAUUAAGAAUUAAAUAUGGUAAUUUUAUAUAUGCAACAAGUGGUGAUUUAGAUGGUGGAUAUUAUUAUAGUUAUGGAACAACAAUUAAUAAUAUUGAAGUUGAAGUAAAAGAUAUUGUUGGUUCUGUAGAUGUUCUUCGUGCAAAUCAUCAUGGAAGUAAACAUUCAAAUAGUUGGGAUUAUCUUUCUAUUACUCAACCAGUUGUUUCUAUUAUAUCUUGUGGAUUUAAUAAUACAUAUGGACAUCCACAUCCUAAUGCUGCUUAUAGACUUACUCAAAUGUCACAAAAAGUUUUUACAACAAAUAUUUGUAAUUCAAAAGUUUCAUUUAAUAAUUAUUAUGAAAUGGUAGAUGAUAUUAUUAUUACUGUUAAUUCUACAAAUGCAACUCAAUUUAGUAUUAGUAAUUCUGAUAAUUCUUAUUAUGAAUUAUUUAAUAUCAAAACAAGAAAACAACAAAGAAAAAUUUGUAUUCCUCCUUCAAAUGAAUUUGAUGAUUCUUCUUCAAUACUCUUUACAUUGUUGAUUAUUCUUUUAAUCUUCUUUAUUUAA